CUCCGUUCCAGCUGGGGAGCGGGCGGGCGGCCUGGUUGUGCAGUGGGGUUCUGCUAGCAGCUUGCGGGUUUCGGCGGCCUCCGAUCCGUCUCUCCCUCCCCGGCGGAAGUAGGGGCCGCAUUCGCCGCAGCGGAGAGCGCUGUCCCGGAAGCCCCGGCUUGAGUGUCCGACCACCGGAAGUGCCGCCGAGGCCGGACCGGCUGAGUAAGCGCGGGGCGAAACCGCGGGGCCUACGGCCAUGGCGUCGGGUGCUUGGAGUGUGAGAGGUCGGGGGGAGCUGUGGAAGGCUGUCAGUCUUGAGAAGAUCAAGUUCUCACAGCUGGGAAGCGAGGACUGCUUUUCAGACUCCAGGUUUGGAAAUAACAAGUAAGAAAUUUAUAUAUAUGAUGCUGGAAACUUGUAAAAUCAAACUGCUAAUAAAUGGAAGGCUUGAAACAGAUGUAUGUUUGAAGUUAUCAAGAAAAUGACCAUGAAUACAUUGAGCGUCAAAAAGACCAAUGGAAAACCACUUAGGAGAGAGGCAUAGAAAAUGUGCACUUCAGAAGAGAGAUGUAACCAGAGAACUCAAAAGAGAAGAAUAUACCAUGUAUGCCCUCAGAAGGGCAAAAAGAUUUUCAUUCAUGUACACGAGAUCACGGAAAUAGAUAAUCAGAUACACCAGUGCCUUGAAUGUGAACAAAACUUUCAUGAAAGCUUAGCACUUAUGUGUGAGAGAACCCACACUGAGGAGAAGCCCUGUCGAUGUGAGAUGUGUGAGAAAGCCUUCAUCCAAAGCUCAGAGCUCAUCUCCCACCAGAGGACCCACAGCUACGAGAAGCCGUAUAAGUGCAGCAGAUGUGACAAGAGCUUCUGGCACCACUUAGCCCUUUCCGGACACCAGAGGACGCAUGCGGGCAGAAAGUUCUACACAUGUGACAUCUGUGGCAAGAACUUUGGUCAGAGCUCUGACCUACUUGUCCACCAGCGAAGCCACACAGGCGAAAAACCGUAUCUGUGUAGUGAGUGUGAUAAAUGCUUCAGUCGAAGUACAAACCUCAUAAGGCACCGAAGAACUCACACAGGUGAGAAACCAUUUAAGUGUCUGGAGUGUGAAAAGGCCUUUAGUGGGAAGUCAGAUCUUAUUAGCCACCAGAGGACUCACACUGGCGAAAGGCCUUACAAGUGUAACAAGUGUGAGAAAAGUUACCGACACCGUUCAGCCUUCAUCGUACACAAGAGGGUUCACACUGGGGAGAAGCCCUACAAGUGUGGUGCCUGUGAAAAGUGCUUCGGUCAGAAAUCGGACCUUAUCGUACACCAGAGAGUCCACACAGGUGAGAAGCCGUAUAAAUGCCUGGAGUGCAUGAGAAGUUUUACUCGGAGUGCCAACCUCAUUAGGCACCAGGCAACUCACACUCACACCUUCAAAUGCCUUGAAUAUGAGAAAAGUUUCAGCUGUGGCUCAGACCUCAUUGUCCAUCAGAGGAUUCACAUGGACGAAAAGCCACAUCAGUGGUCCACGUGUGAGAGUGGCUUCCUCCUGGGCAUGGACUUCAUUGCCCAGCAGAAAAUGAGGACUCAGACAGAAGAGCUGCAUUACAAGUACAGUGUCUGUGACAAAAGCUUCCGUCACAGCUCAGCCCUUCUUCAGCACGAGACGGUGCACAUCGGUGAAAAAUACAUGUGCAGUGUGAGUGAGAAAGGCCUUGAACUCAGCCCUCCUCAUGGAGAAACCUCGCAGAUGUCUUGACUAGCAGGAAGUUGGAGAACCUUAAAACAUGUAUUUACACAUCAGAACUCAUUACCGUAAAGAACCCCAGGUGAAUUUCAGAUUUUCCUCAGAGCUCAGACUUCAUUGGGGACCAGAGAGUCUGCAGUCUUAGGAGUGUAAGAAAAGCAUUACAGAGUGGCCUGACCUGAACACCUUUAUUGGCCACUACAGUGAGAAACUUCACAGAUGGUCUGGGUUUUGGAAAACGUUUAGCUUGAGCACAAACUGGGGGCUUUCGAGAUGAUUCCCACGGUAGGCAGCAUGAAAGUGUUCCUGCAGUGCUCAGCCCCCAUCAGCGCCUGAGCUCCCAUCAGGGAACAGCUGUCUAAGUGCUUCGUGUUCAUAGGGCUACAGACAAGGCAGGAUGUACAUCUCAGUGGAUGCCACAGAAUUUUCCCUAGGGAGAAACUCCAGAAGUUAUGGAAGGAGCUUCUAGCAGAAUCCUCGCUUUUCUUACCCAUCAGAGGAGCCAUACUGGUAAAUGCAAACUUGCCUUGAGUGUGGCAGAAACAUUUGUUGGAGAGCUUUACUUGGGUUCGCAUCCCCCUAGACAAAAAUCAGGAAAGAUCUAAGUGUCCAAAUGAGAAACCUGGCCUGUUUUCAGUUCUUGGGGUACAUCAGGGAACUCAUGUUGGCGAACACCCCACAAAUGCUUAGGAAUAUGAGAAGUUUAAAGCUGCUGUCUAAUUGGGUCCCGAGAACUGCUCUGCAGAGAGGUUACUCCAGUGAGAUCUAGCUGUGGGUGAAAAUCUACUCGAUGUGGACAAGAAGAGCUGUUCUCAGAGGUGGCUGGACCAUGUUGUCGAGAAACUUUAAAUGGAGUUGGUUUGGAAGUAGUCUUUGAGAUACUCAGAAGUGUGUUCUGGGAGGACCUAGGGCAGGUCAGAGUAGGCCUGAUGGGUAACUCAGGUAAAGAUGCUUUUUUAUCUGAACUGCUUAGUGAUUGCUUACUUUUCUUUUUUAAAAUCCAUAAAUCCAGUAAAGGACAGGACUGUGAUCUUGCAAUGUGAGGUGUCGGGUGUGUGUUAUGUCAGAGGAAAGGAGUCCAUUGAUUUUUGCCUCCUGGGGUUUUUUUCCCCUUUCUUUAAAAGUUCUUAAAUUUAAUUUCAUGGCUAGAGUGGGUCGUGUGUUGUCAGCAAGUCGAGACCCUUUCGCAAGCUGUGGAAAGAACUAAGAAGCUACUUUGGAUUGAGACUCCCAGCAGUUCUCCCCUUAGAAGGAUCUGCCCCAGCAAAGGGCAGAAUAUUCAGCUGUUUGCUCGGCGUUGAGGCCUGCCUUCAGAAUGGCCCUUUUCUCUAAAAUAUCUGUAUGUUAUCAUUGGUACUUGAAAUUUCAAAUUUAGAGAUUUAUUUCUUUUCAACCCAAAGUCCAGUCCAAACAUGAUGAGGUAACUCUCCAGAUUUUUGUGACUUGCUUUAUCGUCCUUCAGUGGUAGAACCUCAGCUGCUCCAGCCUCCAGCUCCAGGGGAGUGUGAAGCCUGAGUGAGAUGAGACCCAGCGAGGCGCUGAUGGAGGAGCAGGACGUGGUCUCUGAGUCCCGGCUCCAGAGCGCAGGCUCUUCCUCCCCUUGUCCUGCUCCUUGUAGCCAAGCAAGCCUCACGACACAUUUUAGUUUCAGUUCUGCCAAGGAAACGAAAGUACCUUUUAGGCGCAGGGAAGGAUUGCCAUCAGCACAAUAGGUGGUAUAUGCUUGGCCCGGAAUGUCCGAUUCUAAGUGCUAGAAGGGGGAAGUGGCUGGUAGAGCCACCAGGGUUCAAGAAGGAGUGUUUGUUUCCGGUCCAGCAGAGGAUUGAGAGUCCUUAGUGUUCUCUGGUAGUCCCCGGCCCCUGACUAAAUGGUCACUACUCAGUGUUUUCCUUCCUUUGGAUUAAAAGAUGCUUAAUAGAUACUUUAAUUUCUUGUAGGAUAUGGGUCUCUGUAGACUAAUAAUUAUUUUGUUGCUAGUCAGAGCCCUCUUUAGCAGACCCCACAUCAAUUCCAGGGGUACUAUUGUUGCGAUUCGUGACUUUGAUCAGCUGCUAGUUUGUGGCUGUAAGUGCUCAUCCUGACGGCUCGUGGACGUAGUCCACAUGAGGAAUCUAGGUCCUGGAUUUUUUUUUCUCUUACAAAAUAGGUUCUGUAAGUUUAUUUAAUCUGAUGUGUUCUGGUAAUAUUUAUAAAUAGCUCUUGUCCCAGUGUGAUAGAACACACAAGAUAUAUAUUUUUCUCUUUGGUGAAAAUCAUGCCUAUUACUAGAGUUAAGUUUGAUGAUUGUGAUACUUAAAAUAUUAAUACUGGAUGUUUGGCAUGGCAGUAAUAAAAAUUAGUCGUUACGGCUGCUCAUUCAUCAGUAGACAGACCAUGGAGAAAGGGACAAAGUUAGUAUCAUUAGCAGGCUGGUGACGUACCCUUCCUUCAGCUAAUCUUGCUGGUAAUGGUAGUCUCUAAGUAAGUUAACAGUGGACCAUCCCUCAAACGGAACUUUGGGGAUGUAAAAACCUGAGGACUUUAAACCGUGGUGGGGAGGUGCUGGUGUUACCCAUAUAGCAUGACCUGAGGUUGGAGAGGACCACUUGGGCCCUGUAACCAGAACUAGAAGGUAAUCCUGGGAUGGAUGGAGGCCCCUUGAAGCAGUGCCAACCCAAAUCUACCUCAGGUAAGUAGAGUAACUUCUUCAACAUUUCAGACCAAAUGAGAUAAAUUAUAUUCCGUCCAUGUACUAUGCUUUAAUGUUUUUGUUUUCUUUUAAUUCUUAAAUAAACAUUUGUUCUGAA